AUGAGUUUUUCUGAGGCAUCAACUCAGUUGAACGGGACGGGAACGGCACCGACCGAAACACCAAUGGACUACGUCAAAGAACCGCUGGGACUUCGAAUUGUUCGUCUUACGGUUUACGUGAUUAUAUUCCUGUUAGCUACGUUUGGAAAUGCUCUUGUUAUUUUCGUGGUGUACAAAACACGAGAAUUGCAUACCGGUAAGUAGUUUUUAUCUUUCUGCGUUUGCUUUUUCGAACCGAAAAGCUUUUAAGAGGAAUACCAAGCGAAUAAACUUUCACCCAUACAACACAACAACAAUAAGCAAAGGUAUUGAUAAUAUUGUUCAGGACUGUGUUUUGGCAUUGAUACUAUAAUCAAACGUCCGCUGAGGCAAUUACUUCAAAACGACACAAAAGUGCUGAUAACACCAACUGGGCAAAAUUAAUGCAAUACACAACGUUCAUUUCAGUUGUGGGCUGAGUUAAUCAGCUUACGUGUCUCUUGUAGCUUAUUUGCAGUUGGAUUGAUUUAUAUUCAACACAUUGAAACGAACGUAUGACAAUAACAAUCGGCAAUCUAAAAGGUUGUUGUGCAGGAUGAAUUAUCUACGUUCUUGAGAAAGUUUACGAUGUACUCUAUCGUUUUUAGUGAAGACAAAAGGUGUGUUCAUUUCCUGUUCAAAUGCAAACAAGAGGCAACCUCCAUUUUCUGUUCUAUGUACACAAGAAUAUUUACAUUGUUUCUUGUCCAUUAAACUGACCACGAUUCCCACAUGCAAACUGUUCCUAACUCUUUACAACUACCACAAUUGCUACGCCUUGUUUUCUGCUUUUACCUCAGUAUCCCAUUUCAUUUUGUUUUUUAAUACUAGUGUGAAGAGUACAAGCCGGUUGAUAUCUAGAAACACAAAAGAAGAACACAAAAUUGUGAAACAAAAGAGGGUAACAAAGGCCACGGCAAAAAUAAUUGGAUUAACAUUCUUCUUUCAAAGACGGUUGCGAGCUCGGAACUGUACAACGCAGUGCUUUCGUUAUUUAGCAUUAGACACCGAUUUCAUCAUCUCGCGCCCGUACAAGGGUUUUUGCUGCUUGAAGGUUCAAUUGUCUAUCGCCCUUUUCCCACGUUGUUUAAUGACAUUCUAUGGAAAAAAUAAUUCUCCUUUACAAAUUUCUGGGCUCCUUUUCGGAAAAUCCUUGAAGAGUUUUCCGGUUUUUCCGCAGAUGGGAAUUCCAAUGGCGUUCCUUCUUGAAGUUGUCCAUAUAAUACAUCAUAUUAUAAUGAACUUAAAAGUCGCUGUAUUUUUUUGGGGGAAUUUAAUACAAAGUAGCUGACCUUUUAGGCCAGUUUACAAGUAUCGGGAUAUUUUCAGAAAAAGGGGAUUUGUUUCUCCGUUUUCAUAGAAAUACACGUCCACGAAUCCCUUUCCCCUGUCCACACGAAGACACCGAUCAUGUAAAAGAGCAUCCCUUAAAGAGCAUGCGCACUGCUUGUGAUAUGGUGCAUGACAUCAUCGUUUGAAAUUCUCCGUUUUAGCUCGUCAAUACAUUAGCGCAGUUAGUCGUUGUUUUCAAAAUCUCAACUCUUUGGACCGUUUUCGAAAACCUGUGUUUGUGGUGCCCGAAAACGUCGUUAAUGUGUGGACGGAAAGGUGAAGCAGAAAAAAAGGAAAAAUAUUUCAUUUUCGAAAAUAGACAGGUAAAGGGCGGCGGCGCCUAGACAUAACAUUGCUAUCUAAGCUCUUCAAUUAUAUUAAUGAGGCUGUUUUGGUAUCGUUUCAUAAUCCCAGUUCUUUGAUUUCAUAAGGUGUUACAAUCGCAUUUUCAUUCAUCGCCAAAAUUCACUUAUGAUCUUGUUAUGACACGAGAUAUCUCUGUUAUUUUACGAGACAGGGAAACUGACGUCCACUAAACUAAUUUUAUAGAAGGUUUUUUCUACUGAAACCGAAUACAUAAAAAUUCCUUCAAAAUUCUUGUGGGUGUCAAAGUACCCACAAAUACUUAAAAGACGUGAGUGGAAAUGAACCUCUGCGUUAAGCUAGGAAGGUCUACCAUACCCAGCUUUGCUUUUCAUCUCACCGUUUUCGGAAAUUUAUAAAACAUGUGUAUUGACUUGACCACCAGUGUAGGCAUUAUGGUUUACACAGCAACCGGGUUUGACAUCAUCUUUACCACAGCUUGAGCCAGACGACAACCAUUAAAUACCGAAUGUCCGGACUUUUAACACACAUUAGGUGGAAGGCAACAAGUAGCACGCGAUACAGUGAAUAAUAGUGCCCUGGUAAUAGUGUUGGUAAAAAUAUUAAAUGCCAGAAGCAUUUAUCAUUGCUAGUUGUUACUGAUUGACGUAAGCAUUCAGUCAUGAUGAUAACUAAAGAAAUUUUAGUUGUAAAAUCCGGUGAGGAAAUUUAACUCCCCCAUAUAAACUGAGACCUGCAUUUGAUUCCUGAGGUUUAUGUUAUAAAGAUUUUUAUGAUUACGGUCGUGUGUCAGUGCUGUGACAUUCAGUGUGACAUCAAUGGUAUAAUGAUCUCAAGAGUACAGUAGGCUUUAUUUCCGCCUGUUCGCAGGCUACCCCUAGUUGGGCUCUAGCUAAAUCGAAAAACAGCUGUAAGUAACAUUUAGUACAAAGCAAGUAGCAUACCAUCUCGAAUUUUGUGAUCUAAUUGGGUGACAUACUCAUUUGACUUGUAGCGAGCCGGUGUUUUGAACGAAAACAAAUACAACGUCUUCAACAAAUCGUUUUUUGUCAUGUUUUUGGGGAAGAAGAAGUAGAUAAGCUAAUGACUAUUCAUAGAAUAUUUGGACUCGCAGUCUAUCUCUCACAAUAUAUUUUCCAAUUGCGUUGGAAGUUAUACACAAGUAUCGCUCAAGGUACGUGGGUACGUGGGCAUGGUCAGUUUCACAAAUCCUGCUUUACUCUGUUAAUUUACUAUCUUAAAAGGACAUUAAUCUUUUCUACAACCAUUCAUAGCCUCCUUUUUUCUUCGACAAUCGAGUUUGGUCGUCAUUUCCUAAUAGCCAAAAAUCGGAAAAACCAAGCGGUGUAGAACGACAUAAGAUUUAAAAUAAUUGAGAAAAAGGAAGAAACCAAUUGAGUGACCUUCCUUCAGUUUACCUUCACUGUGACUAUUUAUUCAUUUUAAAGGCAUGAUCAGUUAAUCAGUAACGUGCUAGGAUAAUUAGUUAUCCAGUACAUGCCAUCUCAUGGGAAACUUUGCAAAUCCUAUGCAUGAUAUCAAAGCGAAAAAUCACCUGUCAGCGCAGACGCGUGCGAUGGCACCUAAAAUCGUUUCAAGGACGGGGAAGUCAUGAGUAACGGAGCUCGUAUGGGGAAGGUUGAAUUAACUUCAGAAAGACAUUUCUUAAAGAUCCCACCAGAGCUUCACUUGGCCUUGGCUAAAUCUAUUUAUUGCUUUCAUAUAUUUUAUUCUCACAGAUCUGUAGUCUAACCGUGCAGAAUUAUCUCCAGCUCUGCCUCCGAUACGGUUGAAACAACGACAACAGAAACAAUAACAAAAACCAAAAACAAACAAACAACAAAAACAAACUAACCAAAAAUACAGUCGUCUUACUUCACGGUACAAUUGUCAUUUUCAUUGUUUGAAGUUUUAUACGUCAUCGUUAUGCUACUGAAUUUUGAAAAUGUAAUCUUGUGCCCACUUGCACUUCCACUAAAAGUACUAUGUUAGUGGUGUUAUAGUUGUGGUACCGCUACGGUACUCAAGGAAAGCAAAUGCAUACUUAUGGGUGGAUGAUUUACUUUUUUUCAGUAACGGGUUAUCUGAUUGCAAAUCUGGCUGUUGCUGAUCUUGGUGUUGGACUGUUAUGUAUACCAUUUACAGUUGUCUAUUUUGAACUUAAUUUCUAUUGGCCCUUUGGGUCAGUGAUGUGCAAAGUUCUUCCUGCGUUAAUGCCAUGUUUUGUUAUGGGAUCUGUGGGAACUAUGUUGGCCAUUUCAAUAGGUAAGGAGUCAAUUAUUACUUGCAGUAGGUACCAGGAGCCAACGGGCUUCUGCCAAUACCGCAAAUGACCCCCGACCGUAAUGAUCUGAGGCUGCAAAUGAUCCCUAAAAUUUGUGUUUCACUAAUUGAACAAAGUCUUUAAUGUAGUUUUACAAUAAUUGUAACGUUUAUUUAUGAAGCAAAAUGUGAUAAUAAACUUGACACGAUGUUCCAGUAAUUUGAGUCCAAGCCAGUCUGAUUUUCCUCUUGGGAUCAUUUUGCGGUUGACAAUGGGAAUCAUUUGCAGUCCAUUUUGGGGACCAUUUGCGGUGGGGGGAUCAUUUGCGAUACUCGAACUGUACCAACCACUUGAUCUGUGUAUCUUUUGUGUUUGCGGAGCCUCCGCGUGUAAGGAGCACCUCCCGGUUAUUUACAUCAGUCAUAUUCUGGUCUGAUUUUCCUACAGACCGCCAUCAAUCCAUUGUGUAUCCAUUCGGUCGGCGCAUUACAAGAUCUCAAGGAAAGCUUAUCAUGAUACUGAUAUGGCUGACUGCUCUUUUACCAGCGUUUCCAAUGCUGGGAGUCAUGGAGAUCCAACUCGCUAAAGAUUGGGUCAGCUGCAGGGAAUUUUGGCCACCAACUUCUGGCUUAUCGUACCAAAAAAUAUACUUGUUGUGCAGUUUUGCCUUAACUUACGCUAUCCCACUGCCGAUUAUGAUUCUUAUAUACGUACGGAUUGGACUUAAGUUGCGUCUAGCGAUCAAAGAAGCUGCUGAUAGACCAGGGUUCACACAGGCUCAAGCCACAAAGAGGAUCAUCAAAAUGUUGUCAGCAGUAGUUAUUUGCUAUGCAUUGUGUUUCCUUCCCUUCCAUACUUUAUACUUUAUGAUGGACUUUGGAGGAUACAUAUCCAGGUAAACACUUCUAUUUGAAAUAAGCCUAUCGAUUACUAGAGAAAUAGAAAAGUUGACCUGGGAAAGAGGGUCACCCUCAGAGCCGAGUGAACUUUAGCGAGCGUUUAUAGUGUUUUGCAUGGUACUGUAUGGGAUAAAGUCGACCAAUUUGCCCAAGCUAAGGGCUGA